AUCACUAAGGGCUACUGAUGAACAAGCGUAUCUACCGCUAGCGCCCUGAUUUGUAUUACGCAUGCGCAACAUUUUCCCCCAAACCAAGAUGGCGGUUCAAGAAACAGCUGCUCAACUCUCUAUGGCUCUUAAGGUUCAAGAAUAUCCAACUUUGAAGGUUCCUUAUGAGACCUUAAACAAGCGAUUCCGUGCAGCGCAGAAAAACAUAGACCGUGAGACGAGUCACGUGACCAUGGUGGUGGCCGAGCUGGAGAAGACCCUGAGCAGCUCCUUCCCUGUAGUGGACUCGGUGGUCUCCUUGCUGGAUGGUGUGGUGGAGAAGCUAAGCGCACUCAAACGGAAGGCAGCAGAAUCAAUCCAGGCCGAGGACGAGAGCGCUAAACUCUGUAAGCGGCGUAUCGAACACCUGAAGGAGCACAGCAGCGACCAACCGGCUAACGUGAGCGUGUGGAAGAGAAAGCGCAUGGACCGCAUGAUGGUGGAGCACCUGCUACGCUGUGGCUACUACAACACCGCUGUCAAGCUCGCCAAACAAAGUGGCAUCGAGGAUUUGGUCAACAUUGAGAUGUUCCUCACUGCAAAAGAAGUGGAGGAAUCACUUGAAAGGCAGGAAACCGCCACUUGCUUGGCCUGGUGCCAUGACAACAAGUCUCGUCUGAGGAAAAUGAAGAGCUGCCUGGAGUUCAGUUUAAGGAUCCAGGAAUUUAUUGAGCUCAUUCGACAGAACAAACGCAUGGACGCAGUACGACAUGCACGGAAACAUUUCAGCCAAGCAGAAGGUGGGCAGCUGGAUGAGGUUCGGCAGGUGAUGGGCAUGUUGGCGUUUCCUUCUGACACUCACAUUUCACCUUACAAAGACCUUCUGGAUCCAGGCCGCUGGAAAAUGCUAAUCCAGCAAUUCAGAUACGACAAUUACCGAUUACACCAGCUGGGGAACAACUCUGUGUUCACCAUCACUCUGCAGGCAGGGCUGUCUGCCAUCAAAACCCCACAGUGUUAUAAAGAGGAUGGUUCCUCUAAAAACCCCGACUGUCCAGUAUGCAGCAAGUCCCUGAACAAACUGGCUCAGCCUCUUCCCAUGGCCCACUGCGCAAACUCUCGUCUGGUGUGUAAAAUCUCCGGCGAAGUCAUGAACGAGAACAACCCACCCAUGAUGCUGCCUAAUGGCUAUGUUUAUGGCUAUAAUUCUCUCUUGUCUAUUCGCCAAGACGACAAGGUGGUGUGCCCCAGAACCAAAGAAGUCUUCAGCUUCUCCCAGGCUGAGAAGGUUUACAUCAUGUGAUGAGGUCUUCAGAGCAUAGUUCAAGUUUUUUGUUUUCUUUUUCCCCUUCCUGAAAUGACACCACCCUGGGCUUGCUGAAUUCGAUGAAACCUGUAGUCUGAAGGCCUCCGAUUCUCAGCCAGUGUUCCAUGAGACUAAGUUCAGUUGCCCUCUGCCAAACCUUUUUGGAGAAAAAAGGGUUCUAAUCCAUUGGAGGUUUUUACUAUACAACCGAAUCGUGAAAAUGAGGAAGAACAAUACAUCCUUAAAAAAAAUGAAUAAAUAAAGGUUGAUAUUUCAUCA